UUUAAUAAUGACCAGUCCACACUUUUUAGUGGGCAUCGGAACUGCAUUUGCUUUACUGAAUGUUUGUUUUGUUUUGUGUAAUGAAAGGAAGCCGAUAAUUGAAGAGGUGACUUGUGGGCCGGAGAUGUUCCAGUGUGGGAGUGGCCAGUGUGUGCCGGAGAGGUGGCACUGUGACGGCAUGCCUGACUGUCCUGACGGCACUGACGAGUCAUCGGACUGUGUGCCCCAGAUGUGCAGGCCAGGUCAGUUCCAGUGUGCCGGGAGCCAGAAGUGCAUCCCGAUGGGUUGGAUCUGUGACGGAGAACCUGACUGUGGCGCCUCCGUGGAGCAAGUGGACAACUCUGAUGAGGACCCUCAUAGAUGUCAGCGAGGCAGCCUGUGUCUCUACAACACUGCUAGGUGUAAGGAAGGCGAGUGUCUGGCGAUAGACAAGUUUUGCGACGGACAUCCGGACUGCCACGACGGGAGUGACGAGGGACCUCAGUGUAACAGACAAGGGUGUUCCACCCUGAAGUGUUCCCAUGGAUGUAAAAUCACCCCUAGUGGUCCACUGUGUUUCUGCCCCACAGGACAACAACCCAACAAAACAAAAUGUGUUGAUCUGAAUGAAUGUGAGAUAGACGGCUCAUGCGACCAGCUUUGCACCAACACAGAAGGAUCUUUCAGCUGCGCUUGUGUAGCAGGGUACACUAGAUCCAACCGAACUCACUGCAAAGCUAUUAAUUACCCUACGGACGAAGAGGCUAGCUUAGUGUUCAGCAGUACGAUGGACAUCCGCAGAAUAUACCUCAACGGCUCAGCAUGGCCGGGACACAGCAGUAUCAGUCAGCUGCAGACGUUAGCGUUGGAGUUCAACCAUCGCAACCGCACACUUUGCUACAUCCGCAACAACGGCACGUCCGCGUUGCUCAGUUGUGCCGACAUUGACGACCUUUCCAUCACUUGGGACCUGCCGCCACCCACCAUGUUCCCUCUCUACGCCAACACACACGUAGCUCUGGAUUGGAUCUCUGGCAACUGGUAUUUCCUGGACGACAGCAGAGAGAUGAUAUUCGUCUGCACGUCGUCCAUGAAACACUGCCUUAUAUUGAUUGACGUCAACCUAAGCAAACCUCGAGGCAUCGCUUUGGACCCCACUAGAGGCUACAUGUUCUUCACCAAGUGGGGUGUGACGUCACCCAUGCUGGAGAGGGCAUUGCUAGACGGAAGUGAACGCAAGACUCUGGUCGAUCACAAGAUAGUGUAUCCGUACGGAGUGACCAUAGACUACCCAACACAACAUGUCUACUGGGUGGACACCUACCUGGACUUUGUAGAGAGAGUGGAUUAUGACGGGUCCAACCGACGGACCAUCCGGAAGGGGUUCCCGGUUCAGAACUUGUACGACGUUACGUUACUGGAGAACAACUUGUUUGUGACGUCGUGGCGCAACCAAAGCAUCAUCAGACUGGACAAGUUCAACACAGAGAAUCAUCAGACAGUCACCAACAUCAGCAGACCCUUCGCUAUACAUGUGUUCCAUCGUCAGAGACAGCCUGACGCUGAUCAUCCAUGCAAGAAGGACAACGGAGGAUGUCAACACAUCUGUAUUCCCGCGUGGAAGAAGAACAUUGCCCAGGCGCAAUGUCUGUGUCAGCCGGGCUAUAGACUGGUCCGCAGCAGAAAAUGUGUUGUGGCCAAGCAGUCCUCGUUCCUGCUGUAUGGCAAGGGCAGGCCCGGUAUGAUCAAAGGUAUCUCCAUGCUGCCCAAACUGAACAAACACGAGGAGGAGAUGAUCCCCAUCACCGAUCUGACCCGGCCCACAGCACUGGACUACGACGUGAAGACGCAGUUCAUCUACUACUCCGACGGACAGAAGUUCGUCAUAGACAGACAGAAGAUGGAUGGGUCCAAGAGAGAGACGGUGGUUGAGCGAGGAGUCAGCAAUUGUGAAGGACUAGCCGUAGACUGGAUGGGACGCAACCUCUACUGGACUGACGAGGGUCUUAGUACGAUCAGCGUGUGUCGGAUGGACCAACCAAACUACAGACGCACUCUCAUACACGACCACAAGUUCCACCCACGCGCCAUUGCGUUAGAUCCUAAAAAAGGCCUGAUGUAUUGGUCGGACUGGUCAACCUCGACAGAGCCGAUGGGAAAGAUCGAGAGUGCUUGGAUGAACGGAGAGAACCGAAAGGUGUUUGUUGACUCGGAACUUCAGUGGCCCAACGGACUAACUAUUGACUACUUCACUCGCAAGCUGUAUUGGUGCGACGCUUACCUCGACAAGAUUGAGAGGAUCAGUCUAGACGGAACUGAACGUCAGGUUGUAUUUCAAGGUUCCCAGCUGGAUCAUCCGUACGGCCUCGCUUACUACGAAAAUCUCCUGUUUUGGACGGAAUUCCAAAAAGGAACCGUAGAAAGUCUGAACUUGGCUAACAACACGGUGACAACUCUGACUACAGAAAACCCUCCUCUGUUUGAGAUCAGGGUGUUUGACAACAGCACGCAGACUGGCACCAACUUGUGUUUCGACUCUCUGAAAUGUAACCAGCUGUGUUUGGCCACGCCGAACGGUCCCGUGUGUUCGUGCAAAGACGGAUUCAGUGCUGCCAACACAAGGUGUGUGCCGCAAGCCAACUAUACGCAGCCCUCCGACUGCGGCCCACAGGAGUUCCAGUGUACCAAGAAUCUGCGAUGCAUUGACAACCGGUUUGUCUGCGACGGAGACGACGACUGUAACGACGGCUCUGAUGAGUCCGUCGAACCUGGCGGGGCUUGUGAGACACAUCCAUGUAGAGAGAACCAGUUCCUGUGUGACGGCACGUUGUGUAUCAGCAACUACUGGGUGUGUGAUGGUGACAAGGACUGCAAGGACGGCACUGAUGAGCUACAGAGCCAUUGCGUCAACACCACUUGUAGUCCGUCCCAGUUCACCUGCGCGCAGAGUCGCAGGUGUAUUCCGAAGGCCUGGGUGUGUGACCUUGAGGUCGACUGCGGCGACGGCGACAGUUCCGACGAGAAACAAAACUGUAAGUUUGCGGAAUGUGAUCCGUGGGAGUUCACGUGCAACAAUCGCCUGUGUAUUCCUCUAGAUUACGUGUGUGACUCGGACAACGAUUGUAGAGACGGAAGUGAUGAGAAAUUCUGUCAAGAGAUCUGUGAUAACAGCACCCACAUCUACUGUGCAGCCGAUUCAACAUGUCUGUCACUAGAGAAGAAAUGUAACGGUUUAUAUGAUUGCUCCGACGGCUCGGACGAAGCGAAAUGUGGAAACACCGAUAAAGAGGGGAAGAACAAAGAGACAAAAGAGUCAAAACAUAGGAAAAAGGAACAGUCGAUGUGUGAAAAGAACGAGUUCCAGUGUAAAGAUGUCGCACGGACGUGCAUCAGGAAACAGUUUGUCUGUGAUGGGAGGAACGAUUGUUUGGACGGUUCAGAUGAAUUGAACUGCGAUGACAAGGCGUGUAAGGGUAGUCAAUGCAAGGGUGCGACCACCACACCAGCACCUUUAACCACUAGCUGUGUGCGACCGUCGCGACUGUGUGACAACGGCACAGUGUGUGUCGCACCUGAGCGGCUGUGCGACGGCAAGUACGAUUGUAAGGACCUCAGCGACGAGGGGAUGAGAUGUGAUGAGAACAUGUGCGGGUUCUCUGUUGAGUGUUCGCAUACGUGUCACAACGCUCCAGAAGGCUUCACUUGUUCCUGUCCUGAACCGCUACACUUGCAGAGCGACGGGGUGACGUGCAAUGAGUCGCCUCCGUGCGACGGCUGGGGAGUGUGCUCUCAGGGGUGCCAACCUGUCGGGCGACACCACUACAAGUGUACCUGUAACAGCGGCUACAUACUGGAGGCAGACGACUUCAGCUGCAAGAGCAAUCUGACUGUUGUGCCAUAUGUGAUAUUCAGCAACAGACACGAGUUACGAGGAGUUGAUCUUCAGACGUUCAAUGUCAAAGCACUGAUAUCCAGCCUCAAGAACACCAUUGCGCUGGACUUCUAUCACACACCUGAAGCUGACAUUAUCUUCUGGACGGACGUCAUAGACGACAAGAUCUACCGGGGAACUCUCAUUGGGGGAUCUCUGGGCAACAUAGAAGUGGUGGUACAGACAGGCCUAGCUACAGCCGAGGGACUGGCCGUGGACUGGAUAGGAGAGAACUUGUACUGGGUGGAGAGUAACCUGGACCAGAUAGAAGUGGCGAGGCUCAACGGCAGCUUCCGCCGGACACUCAUAGCUGGGGAGAUGGAGUCUCCCAGGGCUAUAGCACUGGAUCCUAGAUAUGGGCUGCUGUUCUGGACGGACUGGGAUGCCAACGGGCCGCGUAUCGAGCGCUGCAGCAUGAGUGGAGAACAUCGCAGCAUUGUGAUCCAUGUAGACGAGGUCACUGACGGAGCUUGGCCUAACGGACUCACGCUGGACUAUCAGCUGCGGCGGAUAUACUGGAUAGACGCAAGAUCAGACUCUAUACACACAGCGCUGUAUGAUGGAGCAGACCAUCGCGAGGUGAUGAGGGGUCAUGUGUCACUGUCUCAUCCGUUCGCCAUCGCGCUAUUUGAGAACCACGUCUACUGGACGGACUGGCGCACCAACUCUGUCAUCCGAGCCAACAAGUGGAACGGCAGCGACAUUACCGUGAUGCAGCGGACGCUCACGCAGCCCUUCGACAUCCAGAUACUUCAUCCUAGCCGGCAGCCAAGAGAUGUCUACAAUCCCUGUGGAGUCAACAACGGGAACUGCUCUCACUUGUGCUUACUAAACAUCAACUCUACAAGGAAGUGCGAUUGUCCUCACGUCAUGAGACUGUCUGAUGACGGUGUUACUUGUGUCGUAAAUGAACGAGUCCUCCUAUUUUCAAGAGCAAACGAGAUCCGAGGUGUGGAUUUGGCUCAGCCGUAUUACCACACAAUUCCCACCAUCAGUUUGCCGCAGGUACUACAGCCUACACAGCUAGACUAUGUGGCGGCCCACAAGGCUAUAUACUGGGCAGACGGACAAGUCAACGAGGUCCGAAGAGCAGCUCUCACAGGAGGCACUACCUACAGCAUCAUUGAUACUGGAAUCGACCACCCGAUGGGGUUCGCAGUGGACUGGAUCUCUCAGAACUUGUACGUCACUUCCAGCAACAACAAUGUGAACAAGAUACUAGUGUGUACGUUGGAAGGGGAGUAUAUCACUACGGUGUACCAGGCUGACCAACCCUCCGCAGCGGAGGUCAACGACGGAGCCUUCUGGGAGAUCCGCUCUCUAGCCAUUGACCCUCUGAGAGGGAAGAUGUAUUGGAGUCAGGUGUAUCCAGGGGGUGUCAACUCCAUCAUGGCAGCUAGGAUGGACGGGAGCGAUUCUCACAUGCUGGUUAGCCAACGGGACUACAAGAUACUGGCUGGAGUCUCUAGUCUUGUGGUGGAUUACAAAGACAACCGGUUGUACUGGGUGAACACGGAGACCAACACUAUCCAGUUCUACGAUUUUGUACUGCUGAUAGUGAAGGACAUCCAUCUGUCUGAAGGGGUCAGUCCGACAGCAGCUGUGGUGUAUAAUGACACUCUGUACUACGCUGACCACGCUGAGGAAGCGAUACAUGCAGUGGACAAGAACGACGGAAGCAACCACUACGUCGUCAGGAACAACACUGGUAGUAUAUUGUCCAUCAAGAUCUACGACCCACAGUCCCAGCAGGGGGAGAACGCCUGUUCCAUCAACCGAGGCAACUGUUCUCAUCUGUGUUUGCCUAUCUCGGCCAAUAAGAGAGUCUGUCGCUGCGCCACUGGCUACACUCCCGACCCCGCAGACUCUACCAAGUGUGUCGGCACUGAGGAGUUCCUGUUGUAUUCUAUCAACUGGGAAGUAAAAGGUCUUAGUCUUGAGUCCAACCACACAGACAGUCAAGUUCUGGGACCCAUUUCAAGAGUAUCCAUGGCUACUAGUAUAGACUUCCAUGCAGGAAGUGACUAUAUCUACUGGGCGGACAGCGAUCACGGGACUGUAACCAGGAUACAUCGAGACGGAACGGGACGCGAGGCAGUCGUAGAGCACUUUGAAACUAUGGAUAGUGUUCCAGUGGACUGGCUUACUGGUCUGGCUGUUGACUGGAUUGCAGACAAUCUCUAUUGGACCGAUCCCAAGCUGAACGUAAUUGAAGUUAGUCGUGCGGACGGCAGCAGUAGGUUUGUGGUGGUGCCCGGUGGCCUAGACACUCCCCACUCCCUGGCGCUGGACCCGGCGCGAGGGCUACUCUUCUGGAGUGACAUCGGAAAGACGCCUCGCAUCAGCCGCGCCGGCCUCGAUGGGUCCAAUGUCAUGACUGUCCUCACACUGAGCUCUGGAUCAAUCAACGACAUUGCUCUUGACUUGGAUGAAGGCAAGGUUUACUGGUGUGACUCCAGCAGUGACGUUAUAGAGAGAGUCAACUACGAUGGCACGGGACGUGAGUUGCUUCUCAACCACUCCCUGGACAGCCCCUUCGCACUCACACACCACGACCACAAACUCUACUGGAUUGACAUCACACAUGAGAGAGGCAGUAUCAAGGUUGCGCCGGACACCAACUUGUCGGACUUCACGGUGUUGCUGCGCGGCGUCGGCGACUCACUCAAGGAUCUGGUCAUCUUCAGCCCUCGCCGCCAGACUGGUACCAACCCGUGCGCUGUUAACAACGGAGGUUGCGCUGAGUUGUGUCUUUACAAUGGCACGAGUGCUAUAUGUGCCUGCGCUCACGGACUGGUGGCGGCCGACGGCAAGAACUGCACGGAAUACGACAGUUUCCUGAUGUACUCCAGAGUGGUACGGAUAGACAGUGUACACAUCUCUGAUGAACACAACCUCAACGCACCUUACCCCAGCAUCCAGUCCAAGGAGCUGAUGAGGAAUGCUAUCGGUCUCACCUACGACUACGAGAGAUCCACGCUUUUCUACUCCGACAUUCAGCAAGGAUCUAUCAAUGCGGUUAUGUUCAACGGCAGCAACCAUCGCCAGAUCGUUGAGCGUCUGGGCUCGGUGGAAGGUUUGGCGUACGAGGCGAUCGACAACAUGCUGUACUGGACAUGCAACAACGACGCAACCAUCAACAAGGUGAAUCUGAGUGAGAACUGGGGCAGCCUCAAACCCGAGACAAUCAUCAAGCUGGGCCCGAGUGACAAGCCGAGGGGCAUCGCCGUGGACAGCUGCGACUGGAGAAUGUACUGGACGAACUGGAACUCCCACCACCCUUGCAUCCAGAGAGCGUUCCUCACCGGAUACGGACAGCAGUCCAUCAUCACUACGGACAUACGCAUGCCUAACGCUCUCACACUCGACCACUCGGCCAAGAAACUGUACUGGGGCGACGCUCGGCUCGACAAGAUAGAGCGGUGCGAGUACGACGGCACUAACAGAGUGGUACUGGCCCGAGUGACGCCUCAGCAUCCGUUUGACAUGGCCGUGUACGGAGACUUGCUGUUCUGGACGGACUGGGUGCAACAUGCUGUGAUACGAGCCAACAAGUACACAGGGGCCGACGUGGUGUGGCUUAGAAAGGACGUGCCUAGACCAAUGGGCAUUGUGGCCAUAUCCAACAACUCCAUGGAUUGUUUCAAAGAUCCUUGCCGAUUGAAAAACGGCGGUUGCGAGGACCAAUGCCACUUGUGGGCCAACGGUACGAUGUAUUGCGGCUGCAAUGAUAACAGAGCGCUGCUGCCUGACGGGAAGAGAUGCGCGACUGUCAACACACCCAACUGUACAGAGGAAGAGUUCCAAUGUUCGGACCGUGGAUGUAUCCCGUACCACCUGACUUGCGACAGUCUGCCUCAGUGUAUGGACUCGAGUGAUGAGGACGAGACUUACUGCAGUAUGCGGACGUGUCGCAGUGGCUAUUUCAAAUGUCAGAACAACCGGUGUAUCCAGCGUACUCGGCGGUGUGACGAUGUCAACGACUGUGGUGACGGGUCCGACGAGCUGGACUGCUCCUGUGAUUCGACCACUCACUUCCAGUGCGCUGCUGGGCCGUGUAUACUGGUCAAGUUCCGCUGCGACGCUGAUCCCGACUGUCCCGACGCAACUGAUGAGAUCGACUGCCCGCUACGUAACUGCACCAAUGACAUGCCUGACCACGACGUGAUCAACUGCAACCACACAACUGCGUGUAUUCAUCCCUCGUGGAUUUGUGACGGACAGAACGAUUGUUGGGACAACAGCGACGAGCAGGACUGUGACCAUCACACCUCUAGCACGCUGAUGCCCCAUUGCCCCGCAAACAAGUUCCGCUGCGACACUGGUCUGUGUAUCACGCUGGCGUGGAAAUGUGACGGAGACGACGACUGCAACGACAGCCACGACGGCCUGACCAGCUCAGACGAGCGCAACUGUACCUACCACUGCAGGUCAGAUCAGUUCCGUUGUCACAACAGUGAGUGUAUCCCAGUGACUUGGCAGUGUGACGGCACAGAGGACUGUACUGACGGCUCUGAUGAAACCGAACAUUGCGCCACUAGGACUUGCCCGCAGUCAGAGUUCAGAUGUAACGCUACAGGCCGCUGUAUUCCCUGGGCUUGGGUGUGUGACACAGAGGAUGACUGCGGAGACAAUUCUGAUGAGAAUCUCCGCCAGGACUGUCUCUCCUACGACCCUUCACCUUGCAUGGACACACAGUUUAUGUGCAGCAACCGCAAGUGUAUUACGAAGGAAUACUUCUGUGACGGAGAUGACGACUGUGGAGACGGCAGCGAUGAGCCGAUAACUUGCGGCCACAACGUCAAGUGUUCCAGCAAGGAGUUUGCCUGUCGUAACGGCAAGUGUAUCAACUCUGCUCUGAUAUGCAAUGGAGUCGACGACUGCGGAGAUAGUUCUGACGAAGAUGUCGACAAUCACGAAUGUUACAACAUGAACUGUGUGGGCGACGAUGUGUUCCAAUGUGCCAACGGCUUGUGUAUCAACGCAACGUUGUUGUGUGAUCGAGAGAAUAACUGCGGAGAUUAUAGUGAUGAGGAAAAAUGCAACGUCAACGAGUGUGAGACUACCAACCCCUGCGCUCACAUCUGCAAGGACCUGAAAGUCGGCUACGAGUGUGUGUGUCGUCCAGGGUUCAAGAUACACCCGGGCAACCUGAACCUGUGUGUGGACGUGGACGAGUGUGAGGAACACAAGUGCUCUCAGAUAUGUCGCAACACGUACGGCAGCUACAGCUGUUCUUGUGUGGAAGGAUACCUUCUGCAGGCCAACGGACACUCCUGCAAAGCUGACUCUGCUGUGCAGCCAAAGCUGAUCUUCUCCAACAAGUACUACAUCCGAGAGUUGGAGAUGAACGGACACACGACUCUCUUGGCAAACAACCUAACCAACGCAGUGGCCGUGGACUUUGACUGGCAGGAGCAGUGUAUCUACUGGUCUGACGUCACUGCGCUUUCUAGCUCCAUCAAGCGUUUCUGUCACAACGACACUUCGUAUCAGACGCUACACUCAGCGACGCUGCAGAACCCCGAUGGUCUGGCAGUUGACUGGGUCGGUCGGAACCUCUACUGGUGUGACAAGGGACUGGACACUGUGGAGGUGUCUAAGCUGGACGGUCGAUACCGCAGAGUCAUCAUACGCGAGGGUCUGCAGGAGCCUCGUGCCAUCGCUCUGGAUCCGAGGCUAGGGUACCUGUACUGGACUGACUGGGGAGACCGUCCUCACAUAGGCAAGGCAGGAAUGGACGGCAGCAAUCCUCAUGUCAUCGUAGACAAGGGUCUGGGCUGGCCCAACGCACUCACCAUCUCAUACGAGACCAACGAACUGUUCUGGGCGGACGCUAGAGAAGACUACAUAGCGUCUUCGGACUUAGACGGCAAUUCCAUACGAAAACUCAUGAGCAGAGGAGAAACGCCAGAUCUACGACUACAUCAUGUGUUUGCCAUCGCCGUGUUUGAAGACCACAUCUACUGGACUGACUGGGAGACAAAGUCCGUAGAGAGAUGUCCCAAGUACAGUGCUACCAACUGCAGCACACUUACUACGACUGUGCAUCGACCCAUGGACAUUCACAUAUAUCAUCCAUACAGACAACAACCUGUGUCACCCAACCCUUGUGAGAACAACGGUGGCUGCGCCACUCUCUGCCUGGUGGCGCCGGGCGGCUCACACUCGUGUAUGUGUCCGGAGAACUACGCCCUGGCCAACGACGGACGAACGUGUGACGCUAACUGUAGCAGCUCACAGAUCAAGUGCGAGUCUACCUACAAGUGCAUUCCGUUCUGGUGGAAGUGCGACACACAGGAUGACUGUGGGGACGGGUCAGAUGAGCCGGCUGAUUGUCCUCCGUUUGAGUGUCUGCCAGGACAGUUCCAGUGUCACAACCAUCACUGUAUACAUCCAUCACAGCUGUGCAACGGCGAAUACGAGUGUCCCGACAAGUCUGACGAACUCGACUGUGACAAUUACACAUGUAUGGACACACAGUUCAAGUGCCAAGGUAAUGCUACUACGCCAGGCUUCUGUAUAGCCUCCACCAAACGAUGUGACGGCUUCAAAGACUGUCCGGCAGGAGAAGAUGAGCAGAACUGUCUGGACCAAACCUGCCCUGUGGAUAAGUUCCAUUGUGAAACCAAGAAGUGUAUACCAUCUGUUUGGGUGUGUGACGGCGACAACGACUGUGGCGACAACAGUGACGAAGGAAUUCUGUGUGUCAACCGCACUUGUCCCCAUCCGGGGCUCAUGUUGUGUGAGUCCGGACGGUGUAUCCCGGAGUCCUGGAGGUGUGACGGGACUACGGACUGUCCCGGGGGAGAAGACGAGCCUCCCACCUGCUCCGACCCAACCGUCCACACUUGCGACCCGACCUACUUCAAGUGUAAUAAUAACAGAUGUAUCCCAGGCCGCUGGCACUGCGACUACGACAACGACUGCGGGGACGGUUCUGACGAAGAGAACUGCGAACCUAGACCUUGUUCUGAGGCUGAGUUCCAAUGCAAGGAUGGUCGCUGUAUCAGAGAUCUGCUGCGUUGUGACGGACAAUACAACUGUCCGGACCACAGCGAUGAGAACGACUGCAACACUACGUGUUCUAGCAAAGAGUUCCAGUGCCGCAGUCCCAAACACUGCAUAUUCAUAGAGUGGCAAUGUGACGGUGACGUGGAUUGUUCCGACGGGUCAGAUGAGAUGGACUGCCACAAGAGUCACUGCGAUCCGCUGAAGGAGUUCAUGUGUGCGGACAAGCAACAGUGUAUCAGCUACUUGUGGCGCUGCGACGGAGACAACGACUGUGCCGACGGCAGUGACGAGGCGAAGAGCUUGUGCGCCAGUUUGCCCUGCAUGCCCGGAAGGUUCAGGUGCAGGAACCACAAAUGUGUACCCAAGGCUAACGUUUGUGAUGGAGUCAAUCAUUGCGGAGACGGCUCUGAUGAGGAACCUGUGGCUUGUCAGCACGCCAACCUAUGUGGGGCAGGAGACUUCCACUGUGCCAGAGGUCACUGUAUCAGCAGCAAGCUGCGUUGCGACGGCAACAACGACUGCGGAGACAACUCGGACGAGGUCGGCUGUCUCAAACCGCCCUGUGUGUUCGGUGCUUGUCCUCACACAUGUCAAGAGUACAAGAAGACGUUCAAGUGUGUGUGUGCGGAGGGCUACCAGUACAACAGAGUCAACAAUACGUGCAUAGCUCUAGGUGAGCCUGCAGUGCUCAUGGUCGCCAGUGACAGCGACCUUCAGUUCUUGAACCCGUACAAGUCUCACGAGAGUUCCGUCAACCAAGUGUCGGCCUCCCCCCAUCACAAGAUGGACGCCAUGGACGUGUUGUGGGCCAGACAAGCCACUAAGGUGUUUUGGGCGGAUCAUCAAGAGAAGAAGAUAAGCAGUUUGCUCAUCACAAUGUCGUCUCACACGCGAGUCGACAGAGACGCUCAGCCCAGGGAACCUAGAGUGCUGAUCAACAACCUAGUGGAGCCCCGAGGGCUGGCUGUGGAUUGGGUUGCCAAGAGGCUGUAUUGGGUGGACGCUGGAGCAGACACGAUCUCUGUGGCCACUCUGGACGGUAGGAUGCGCCGGACACUGAUCAAGCUGGCGUUGGACCAGCCGCACGACAUUGUGGUCGAUCCCAAGUCUGGUAUGAUGAUCUGGUCGGACUGGGGCGUGGUGUCCAAGAUUGAGACUUGUGGUAUGGACGGGGAGGGACGCCGCGUGCUGGUGGACGCUGUCAACUGGCCGACAGGACUGGCCGUGGACUACCCCGCCAGACGCCUCUACUGGGCCGACCCCAAGGCUCUGACCAUCGACAGUAUCUUGCUGGACGGACGGGGCCGACAGCUGGUGCACAAGUUUGCCCAAGGCCAAAAACCAUACAAGGUGGAGAUAUUCGAGGACUUUGCGUUCAUCAGUAUGUACCAGAGCAACGAUAUUUUGAGGAUCAACAAGUUUGGUCGAGGAAACACGACGUACAUCUCGCAAGGAUUGACGAGAGCCUCGGACAUUGUCAUUGUACACGAGCACAAGCAGCAGAACCUGACGGAUCCGUGUGCAAGUUCACCUUGUCACAAGACAGAGUUGUGUGUCAUUGCCAAGGGAGGCGGUGCGCACAAGUGUCUUUGUCCCGACGGUCUUGAACCCAGACUGGUACAGGAAACCAACAGUACGAUGGAGUGUGUGGCGGGGGCAGAGUGUCCUCUACAUUGUCACCUUGGUCAGUGUGUUGUGACGGAGACUGGGCCGCAGUGCAAGUGCCCACCACUGUACGACGGUGACCAGUGUCAGCACUACUUGUGCUCACAACACUGCAAGAACAACGGAAUGUGUUUCCCUGACUUGCUACACUCAGGGACGGAUAGUACUCAGCCACCGCCUCUCAAGUGCUACUGUCCGCCUCAAUGGACUGGUGAGAGGUGUGAGGUCCCGGUGUUGUUGUGUGACGGUCGUUGUCUCAACGGAGGCACGUGUCUGACCCCACGACCAGGUCUGGCUCAGUGCAACUGUCCCGCUGGUUUUACUGGCUCUAGGUGUGAGAAGUGCACGGACUUGGUGUGUCAGAACGGUGGUGUAUGUCAACGCAGCAACUCUACAGGUAGUCUGCACUGCUCAUGUCCUAGUGGCUACAACGGCACACGCUGUGAGACUUCUCACUGCGAGAACUACUGUCAAAACAAGGGAACGUGCAACCUGAGCCCAGACGGACCUGUGUGUCAAUGUCAGCCGGGGUACAGUGGCAAGAAGUGUGAGAAGGACGGAUGUGCCAACUUCUGUCUAAACGGAGGCACGUGCAACGUAACAUCCAAGAAGCUGGUGUGCUGGUGCCGCCCAGGCUACGUGGGUCGCAGGUGUCAAGUAGAUACGUGUAACUGCUCGUGUGCGCCUGGCGACCCCACCUGUCUCUGUCCCCCCAUUCCCCCCGCCAACUGUACACAACACACGCCUGAGUGCGCUCAACACUGCCACAACGGAGGCACCUGCUUCAUCAGCGGCGGCAACCGAGUUUGCAGAUGUCCUGACGAAUGGGAAGGAGAAGUGUGUUCAGUGAGGCGGGGUUCCGAGUCAGUCAGCUGUGAAGACUAUUGCAUGCACGGCGGGGUCUGCAGUGUGGAGGACGGACUGCCCCGCUGUCAUUGUCUGGACUCCUGGACAGGCCCCCGCUGUGAGACUAGAGCCGUCUGUGACAACAAGUACUGCUUCAACGGUGGAACUUGCAAAGAGAGUCCUGACCGAGAUCUUGGCCCAGUGUGCACGUGUCCACCGCAGUUUGUAGGCGUGAGAUGUCAGACCAGGGUAGGUGCUGGGGCCUCGGCACCUGUGUUGGACUGGGAGGAGGACAAUAUAGCCAUCACCACACUGUUUAUACUGAUGUCCCUCGUACUCCUGGUUGUGGCAGGACUGGGAAUCACCUACUACAUCAUCAAGUUCAAGCGCAGUGGAAAAGGGUUCAGUCAUGUUCGAAUGCAAGAUAAUGUAGAGAUCAGCAACCCCAUGUAUCAGAGCCAGGAGCUGGAUGAUGAAGUUGAGAGAGAUUUUACUAUUGAAUCUGAUCGGGCUGCAAACUUUGGCAACCCUGUGUACGAGUCCCUUUACAACACGGCCAAUGGAAGCGAAGAGAAAAAGGGACUUCUACAAGGAGAAACCGUUAUGGAAAAACACCAUCCUCUGGUCAAUGAGAAAUUUUAGUCCUCGUCGAAGUUUUAGAAAAUAUCGAAAUGAGAUUUUAUUUAGUUAUUUCAAAGAGAGUUAAGUAUUUUAUUAUAUAUUGCUGUACAAACGCAACGUGUAAGGUUAACUAUUCGAACGCAAGCACCAACAGUCCAAGAACUGUCCUUCAUUUAUAUGUGAUAAACUAAUGUUAUCGAUUAUGUAGAUUUUAUAGUUACGUGUCAUUUAUUUUACACUUUUGUGAUGUAUAGUCGUUUAAACUGUGUUAGAUGUAAGUAUAUGUAAGGUUAUGUUUCUACGGUCAAAACCAUGUUAGAAUACUUUGAAAUAUUUUACCUUUUGAAAAGUGUUUUAAAGAUGUAAAACUAAUUGCUAUAAAACUUAGUUUUUUAUAUUGAGAGCAAAAAUUAUAUUUUCCUCGCCAACUAAUCAAACCUCUAGGCAAAACAUACUGUAUUUGAAGGUGUAACUUUUUGUCACUAACAACUAUUUGUGAACUGUUUAACUCCUACAACAACUGUAUUUUUUGUCCUUUUGUUUUUACAAACGGAAAACCAUAAUUUGGCUGUAAAUAUAAAUAAGCCAAAUUAGUUAAAAGACUGUUCUAACUAUCUACUUUACAUUUUAGUGUAGUCUAGUUAAGUUUUGACCUCAUGACAUUGAAUUUAUGAUUUAUUUUGCACAAACCUCUGUUUUCAAUUUAUAUGUUUUAUUUACAUGGUUUUCAUGUAUCCAGGGUUGUAUAAAAACUGCAGGCAGCUUUUAAUGAAUUGUUUUUAUAUUGUUUUAUAUUUUGUUAUUGUUAUUUUUAUACUAAAAUAUAUUUAUGAGCACUUUUACAAUGAAUUUAAUUUUGUUUAUGCCGAAAUACCACAAAUAAAAUAAAACUGUCAAUAAAGUUGAAGGUUUAUUGCACAAGAAAAUCAAACCUUACCCUUUUCCUAUUUUAUGAGUACAGCUCCCUUGAAUUGUAACAUUUUAAUCAUAAGAAAUACAUUGUACAAUAAUGAUCUUUACUUAGAGAAUCUCUUUUAUUGAUUUUAUGUACAUCACGUUAUGUUUGGUGCCAUGUAACCGGUUAUGUUUAGAUCUAAUUCAUCACAGGGUAAAAAAUUAAUUUACGUUUUUGUUGUUUAUAUCUGAUAAAAAGUAGCCAACUACUUUAAAAGCAAUCAGCUAUUGUAAAUAUGUAUCACUUAAGCAGGUUUAGUUUAAGUAACUCAACUAAAUGAUUUGUAUAAAGUUUAAAUUGUAAUUUACACUUUUAUAGUUAAGAAGUAAGAAUCCGAUUUCGUCCUAAAAUAUCCUAUUCAGUGCUAAAAAGAACAGUGUCCAAGGCAGCGUGUAAAUGAUUGUACAAGUAUUUGUUUUAUCUAGCAGUCUGGGGCAUCUAGCAAAUAGAUUAACGGCUUUGACCCUAAACUAUCUCCUUCUUAUUUUUUUUUAAGUUUGACACUUUUUUUCUUCUAUAUCAAUAUUCAGAGCUUAUUUAUGUUUUCUCUAUGGUGAUCUCGAUCUAUUUUCUAAAUGCUAGGUUCAAGACAACUAUUUGUACGUCAUGGUCGCAUAUGAAAAUGCUUCUACUACCUGAUGGUUGUGCUCUCUAUGGUAACUAUUGUCACUUUUAUAUUUUUAAUUGUGCCAAAUAUUUCGCUAUUGUUUUUACACAUAUUUUUGUAAGUCAUUUAUUAGCAUGAUUGUACGAAAAUAAACAAAUUUUAGAUUAAA